AAAAAGUUGGUGAUUUUGCAAAAGCAAAACGGGGGUGUCUCUAUGGAUGGGCGGUGCCAUAAUCGGAUUAUAUUCUGUUUGGGGUUCGUCAGAUUAGAUUAAUGGAGUCUCUCUCUCUCUCUCUCUCUCGACCACUACUCCUGUCCCACCUUUUUUAAUCGAAUGGAGUUCGAUUCCCAGGUUUCUCGUUCACACAUGUAUUACAAAAACCUCGGAAUCAACCAAACCAUCUCUACUAAAAACUCAAACUAGAUCAUACAAUUAAGACAAAACCCAUUAAUUAUUGUUUGUUUUCAUAUACAAUCGAAACCCAAAAUCCAGUAGUAUUGCCGAAGAUGAAUAACAGUAGUAACAGUACUAAUCCCUAUGUUCAUUGUUCCCCAGUUCGUGUUUCAUCUUCCUCCUCCGGCAACCGUCAAAGAGUGAAGGUGUUUGGGGCCUUGAGUCGGUGUGGGAAAAGAUUGGAAGAGGCUACGAGAAAAGCAGAGGUCAUGGCAGACAAUCUAUGGAAUCACCUGAAAACGAGUCCAAGUUUGUCAGAGGCAGCAAUGGCGAGGAUUGUACAGGGAACCAAGAUUGUGGUUGAUGGAGGGUAUGAAAAGGCAUACAAAGAGGCAUUUGGUUUUGAUUUUGAUUUUGAUUUUGAGGGCAGACAAGGAGGAGGAGUAGAAGAGAAGCUCUUACACACAUAUGCAUGUUACUUAUCCACUGCUCCUUCAGGACCUCUCAUUGGAACACUCUUUAUUUCCAAUAAAAGAAUUGCCUUUUGCAGUGAUUUCCCUCUCACCCAUUACUCAUCUUCUUCUUCUUCUUCUUCACACUCUUACUCCUUACAUUACAAAGUUGUGAUAAGGAAUGAGCAGUUAAGAACAGUGAAUCCUUGCACAAACAGAUGGAACCCAUCAGAAAAAUAUAUACACAUAGUGACUAGGGAUGGCCAUGAAUUUUGGUUCAUGGGUUUUAUAUCAUAUGAUAAAGCUCUCAAGAAUCUAAUUGAAGCUACCUAUACCCAUUCAGCCCCCUCUUAAUAUAUUAUUAUUUCAUCUAUACACGUACACGUGUAUAUAUACAGGAUAAUUUUUUUAUAGGGACUUCACUUUAAGUCCUACCGGUAAGGCUUUCAGUAUUUUUCGAUCUGUAAAUAGUUUUUGGCACGACUUUUUUUUAUGACUGUGUAUAUUGUAGCUAUUUAGAGCAUCCUGCAAAUUUUUAGAAAAUUUUGAAUAGUUUAAAGUACCGAAAACUAGGUUCAAACAUGUUUUUCACGCGCAUAACAAAAAUUAGUCACGCGUAUAACAAUAUAUUUGAACACAGUUUUUGGUACUGUAAACUAUUCAGAAUUUUUUGAAAAUUUGCAGAAUGCUCUAAAUAGCUACAAUAUACACGGUCAUAAAAAAAAUCGCACCGAAAACUAUUCAUGGGUUGUAAACACUGAGAGCCCUACCGAUAGGGCUUAAAGUAAAACAAAAAAAAAAAUAAUUCCCCUGUAUAUAUAUCAUCAUUUUAUCCACAGAUCACUCGAGAAAAAUUUAAUAUAUAUAUAUACAUGUAUGCCCAUAUUUAAAUUCCAAUUUGGUGUGCCUUUUCUCAUCAUUUUCUUUUUCUUUCUUUUUUGUUUAUUUAUAGAAAAUAGACCUAUAUAAAUAUAUUGGUUAGAUCGUUCCAUGCAUAUAGUUUAGACUUGCAUGUAAGGCAUUGUUUACAUUUGAUUCGGAUUCCAAAAUCUAUUUUUCUUUUGUUUC